AUGUCAUUGGGUUUAGGCUUGGGUAUCGGAUUACAUAAUAGCAACGAAAAUUUAAUAGACGUUACAACGACAAGCACAACUACAGUGACUACUGCAACCAUCACUAUUAGUACUUCGACAACAUCCAGCACAUCUACAACAUCCACAACAUCGACAACAUCUACCACAACAACAGUAGCUACUCGCUGUUUACUUCAAUGGAAUACAACAGGCGCGACUGUAGCAGGUGAUGCUAGUGGUGCUACUGGUAUUACACUCAACCGGCUCAACAAUCCUAAUGAUAUUAGUUUGGAUUCAAACAAUACACUUUAUAUAGCUGAUACUGGAAAUAACCGAGUCUUGCAAUGGGUGAUAGGGGCUACCAGUGGUACGGUAGUAGCUGGCCAGGCAAAUGCAGCAUCAGGAACAGCUGCUAAUCAGCUCAAUGGCCCUCAGGGUGUUGUUGUCGACACAAGUAGUAACAUCUAUGUGGCAGAUACCAAUAAUAAUCGAGUUCAAUCCUGGCCAACUCUAGCAGUUCAGGGCACUACCAUUUCCGUCACAGGUAAGACAGUUUGA